CCCUCGCAAACACACCGCCCCCAGCAAAAGCCCUGCCCUCCCCACUCCGCGCGCCCUCCUGGCUCCCAGUCCGGCUCCAAAAGGGCCAAUAGCUCCCAUCACAAACUGCCUCAUCCGCAAUCAUCACCUCUUCUCGUCUCGCGCACCCCAAGGCACAUUGCUAAUACCGCUGCUUCCUGCAGACUUUUUUUUAACUUGCCUGUCUCGUUCGUUGCCCCUGCCGACGACGUGUACAAGCUGCCCUCGAUCGAGCCGUACCGUAACGGGCCCCGAUGGCUCAGGUACUCGCACCAAUUGUUCAGACGUCUGGUUCCAUUACGAUGUCAUAUCCCUCUUCCGAUGCCUACCAAAACCCGACGACGACACAACAGCCGCGAGCCUCGCAGACGUCGCGAAAUCAAACGUACAACAACACCUCUGGCGGUACAGGAUACAGAGGCACUUCUGCGCCGAUAGCGCCGUAUGCUUUUAGCAGCACACCGCAGCUGCGCUUAGAGAACAGAUCCGUCUCUGCCCCGAAUCCCCAGGCGCUGCAACAACCCCCUAGCCAAGCCAACCAGGCUCGACUCGGCCACCCGUCCCACCCCUCUUCGUCAUCCGACUCUACGGUAUCGACGUCCGGAUCAUCCAAUCGCUCGCUACCCGUGGCGCCGCUGGCAUCCAAAGACGAUAGCGAUCUCAGAAAACCAGUCGACAGCAUGGCAUCAUCCAUUACGCUAUCCACUGCGAUUCCCGACCUCUCGCUCUCGCUCUCUCUGGGCGAUGCCCCCGUUAAACCAUCACCGGGGCGAUACCGACGUGGUGCUGGGAGAACAGACUCGUCCACCAGCAUCCCCACUGGUGCCUCUACCCCAACCCAGCGCUCUCCGUUGGUGGGUACCUCCACCUUCGGUUCGUCUCAACCGAGUCAAGACGUGGCCUUGGGUAGCUCUGAAAUAUCACCUCCUGCUAGACCUGGGCACAACAGAGCGAAUAGUGCAGAUGACACCCAACUCCUGGGAUCAGGUGGAACGGACGCCGCCAAGCGAUACAGGAGACGCAGUUUCAAUGGACUCGAAGAAAAGACCGUCCCCACGAACGUGGCCUCGUUGCAGGUGGGCGCCAAUGCAGCUCAAAGCGCAGCAUUGAGCACCCCGAAAACUGCUACAAAGCCUGUUUCUCGACCCACAAGCCGGCCAGCAUCAAGUCACAGCCACGAAAGGCAAGGUAGCGCAGGUAGUGUUUCUUCGAAUGCUUCUGCAAGAUCACAGGUAUGUUGUACUACCAAGAUACGUGUUAUCACAGAGCUAAUCUCUACUCCAGGCCCGACCUGAUGUGACCACUCAACGUAGCUACGCCUCGGUGGCUGCAGGGACGACUUCGAAGACACCCGAACCUGGCAGGCGGCAUGCUCCGUCCCCUCUGUCGUACC